GGAAAUCUUUUAAUUCAUUCAACAUCAAACAUUACACCGCAACGUUUCGUAUUUCGAAAUUAUAUUAUUUUUAUUUCUAGAUCUUUUUCACACAUAUGCAGUCAGUCGGUUAUUUUCGGAACAGUAAUUACUUAGUGAAGCCUGGAAAGCAUCAGCAUUAUAGCCAAUAUGCAAAAUUCCGCUGUCUUAUCACGUGCAACAUCCAAAACAACCGGCAAAAGUGGAGUAGCUAAAUCUACAGAGGCCAAAAAGAAUGAACCAGCUAGGAGCCAGUCCUUGAACAGACCACCCAUAAAACGUCUACCAAAUCUUAAGAAGUCAGCUAUAGGCCUGGCCGGCAAUAAAACGAAUACUAAUAAUAAUACUAAUAGCACCAACAAUACCAAUAAUACCAAUAAUAAUACCAAUAAUAUUGCAAAUGAUGCUAAUAAUACUACUAAUCCAACUACUAGUAAUGCUAAUAGUAAUCUCGCAAUAACUACUAAUAACAAUAGCAAUAAUAGCAACAAUAAUAUCAGCAACAAUAAUAAUAACAACAAUAAUAACAAUAAUAAUGCAGAAAAUAAACCUUUGGCCGUGUCGCAGCCCACAACGCCGGGUCUUAGCGUUGGCUCUGCCACAUCUGCAACAAGUUUUAUGUCGCGCCGCACGGACGCCGACUCGGAGGAUGCCCCGCCCAAGACAAAGACGAAGUUUACCCGGCCGCGCAUGAAUCAGCUGACCGAGCAGCGCAUCAAUCGCUUACGCUCGUCUGCGGCAGAUGGAGCCCAUUUAGCUGUGGUGAGAUCGCAUUCGGAAACGCCCGCAUCGCAGGCCAAAAAGAAAGGUAAUCAAACUUCCAGUCAAACAUCGAUAUGUGUGCGCAUGCAGGAAGAUGGAGUUGAGCCAUUGCCCUGUCCACAGGCCCUGGAGAUGCUCCAGAGGGGAUUGGAGGACAUGCAGUCGGAGUUUAUGCGGAAGGCGGCGGACUUUCGUGGAAAACGCCAUGGCUACUCCUACAAGCUGGUCGCCAUCGUGCACAACGAUAAUUGCAAGGUGCUCGUGCACCGUGAUGACUUGCUUGCCAUGCCCAAAAAUCUGCCUGCGCAUUCGCUGAAUGAUUUCCGAAACCUGUGCCAUAAUACACUCAGGGAGGGUGUCUGGUUCAUUUUCGAGCAGAUCGCGUCGGUGCAGUCGGAGGACAACAGCCUGCAGACACUGCGUCAAGAAGAGCUACGCCGGCAGCUAGACGGCCACCUGAGCAACAAGCUGGCUGUCGUCGACAAUGAGCUGAUGGAAAUGUGUAAAGCUGCUGGCAACGACGAAUCCGCAAAGCUAAGGGCACAGAUAUGCGAGCUAACUGAAGAGAACAGUGAGCUAGUGUCAGCCAAUUCGAAACUGGAGAUGGAUGUGGUGGACAUACGCAAGCAGCGAGACGAGCUCAAAACAUCGCUUGAUAUAUCGCAGAAGCGCUGCGACGAUCUCGCUCUAGAGCUGGCCGAUAAGAAUAUAUUGCUGGUGAAGAAAGCAGGUGCUCUGGAGGACAUGAUUGCCGAAAUUAGAAAUCUAAAGAAAACCAAUAAGAUAUUGCAGCAGCGCCAAAGAGAGAGCGACACAAGCAUAGACGGCUUUCGGCUAUCGAAUGAGAAGCUCUUGUCCCGCAUUGAGGAUUUGGAGAGUCAAGUGCUGCAGGCGCAGAGCGAAUGCAUAAUACUCCAAAAGAAAAUGGAUGAGCUGAUGGAAGAUCUGGGCGAGAAGGAAACCAUCAUGGCCGAGCAGAGAGCACAGCUGCAAGACCAGGAGCUCACCAAGACGCUGCAGUCGGAGUCAACAAGUACCGAACCCGAACCGGAUACGGAACAUUUAUGUGAUCUGCAGGCCGAGCUGGAGCGUCAACAGAUGCGUCUAGCCGAGCAGGAGCGGAGGGAGCAAACGCUGCGCCUGCAAUUGGAACAGAAACAGGAGGAGCUAAACAAGGUGGAGCUUAAAGUCAGCCGGCUAGAGGAGCAGAACGAACACCAUCGCCAGGUGCUGGCCGUGCGCGGUGAGCGCAUCAAUUAUCUGGAUCAGGAAAUGAAGCAACGCGAACUGGAGAGCAAUCGCAAAUUAAAUGAAAUUAUGGCUCAAACCAGUGAUAAAAAUACGCUCAUUACACAGAUGACCAACGAGCUAGCAGCAACAAAUGAACAAUUCCAAAAUCUCUGCUCCAAACUAACCGCCAAGCAGACAAAGCUACAUAGCCAGGAGCACGUCAUCAAGCUGCUGGAGGAGAGCAAUGAGCGCAGCGUCAAGCUGCACACGAAGCUGGGCGAGAAGAAUGCCAUGCUUAAGGACGAGCUCGAUCACUUGCGGCGCACUGUUAAUGUUUUUGUCAAAAUUAUAAUUGGCAACAAUGGGCGGAAUAUAUUUGAGCCAGUGCCGGCCCAUGAAGUGUUAAGACUGCAGCUGCCAUAGCAAGAAUAACAACAACAACAACAACAACAACAAUCUCGAAAGGACUAACAUUAUAUUGUAUACUUUUAUAUAU